AUGGCUGACGCCGUCAACCAAGCCGUCAAGCCCAACACCGAAGUAAUAUUCACUCUGAACGGCGAGACUGGGAAGUCCGUCAGCCAAUUCUCCAAGGAGUGGCUCAGCCUCGUGCCGCUGGCGCGCGGCUGGCUGACCGCGAGAGGGAAGCUGCUGCGAGCUAACGCGCUCAUCGCCGUCAGCCUCAACUACAACAAGCUCUAUGGCUGGAUCGACUUCACCUCCAUUAGUCCCGACUCUAUCGCCAAAAGCUUUGACAAGGAGUGGCGGGCGCAGGCGGCCAAGUAUCCUCUAGACCUGCCCAACAUGAAGCGGUUGUAUGACGCCGUCGAUGUCAUCGGGCUCAGCGCCUACCCUCCACUGUACCCUGGUUUCAAGUACCAAGACUUGCCCGUUGCCCUGCAGUAUCAUGCACAGGAGCUGUCCUAUGCCGGCAUUGACCUGAAGCAGCUGCUCGACAGCGGCAAAAAGCUGGUGAUCAGCGAAUGGGGCGUCGGCGGCGGCACACAGGACGGCGGGUCCAUUGCCAAGAGCACGAAGGACGUUGCAGGCUACCCUUUCUUUGGCCUAUGGUACCCUUAUGCAGCAUCCAAGGACCCGUGGAGGAAUGCAGACUAUAACGAGUACAGGCGCUACCUGUACCGCAUGACGGCCCAGUGGCUGGUCAACGGGGGCGGCCCGCAGUUCCCGCUGUACAAGCUCUACGCCUGGGGUGCAGGGUCCUGGGACGCAAUGGGCGUGCAUUUCCAGAGCGGCGACGCCAGCGGCAGCUGGGCCGACCCCGAGAUCAUCCAGAUCGUGAAGGACCACAACGGCAAAGUUUGA